CAACAAUUAAAGGCAACACUUAGUGGGAAAACAAAAUAGGUAAUUGUGUUUAUCAUUUGCAUGGACAGGGAUGGAGUAGAUGUCAGGGGUUACUUUGCUUGGUCGCUAUUGGACAACUUUGAGUGGGCUCAAGGCUAUACCAAGCGCUUUGGUAUUGUUUUCGUGGAUUACAAGAAUGGUCUCACCCGGCAUCCAAAAUCUUCUGCAUAUUGGUUCUCAAAGUUCUUGAAAGGCGAUGAGAAUAAAACUGGCAAAGAAAACUAGAUCCUUAUAGAAGUGGAUCCUCUUCCUCCCUCUUACUCAAGCCUGGGUUUUUAUAUAUGAUACAGCUUGGAAAUACUGUAGUUGGAGAUGAUGCAUUAGGUGAAUUUGUGGUUCACGUAGAUUCCACAGGGAUGCCACUCUCUCUAUGUAGCACCUAUUAUGUUGUGUGGUCCAAAUUAAGUAUUUUAGGACACUUUGUAAUAUAUCAAUAAUAUGAGG